AUGAGACUGCUAAAUGAAGGGCGGUAUUCUAUAUUGGAGUUUCUUGUCUGUUCACGACAUGCAACAGCAAAUUUUGGUGUCUUACGACCUCAACCACUUCAAAUUCAACCAGUGAAUGACCCACAACCUCAACCACUUCAUAUAGAACCUGCGAUUAAUGUACCACGUCCUCCAUCUCCAAUUUUGUUUGAGUUACCGCCUCAUCCAUCACGGGAAGAAAUUCUUGCAAGAUUAUUGCCUGCGCGGAUACGACAACCUGUUCCUGCAAAUCUUUUUGAUGUAUCAUCUGAUUCCGAUGAUAAUGAUGAAAAUGUUAUAGCUGUUAUACCACGGGCUAACCAAAUUGAAAACGAAGACUUUAAUAUUUUAGAAAACUCUGAUUCAAACGAUGAGGAAAAUGUGAUGGCUAGGUCACAGGCUAUUAGACCAUAUACAAAUUGGAUCCAUGGUGAAGAUCUGACUAUCACCCCAAUAGUUGAGCGCCGGUGCUACAUAUGUAUAUUUUCGCUGCCAACAGUAAUUGUUUUACCAUGUAUGCAUCAAGGUCUAUGUGAGCCUUGCUUCACAAGCUAUUCUACAAUGGCUCCAUAUAGCCGUCAACCCUAUUACAGAUGUCCACUGUGCAGAGGACAAGUUGAAAGCUAUUUAGCUAUACAAUAA